CAUCCUUAAUGAGAACUCUGAAUAUAUAUUCAUGCAGGAUGAAGAUGGCCUUCUCUCUUGGUGGAAAACAGUUGAAGGAUGGGACGAGUGGAGUGAGGGAAACCAGAACGAUGAUGCGGAAGAAGUUGUGGAAGAAGCAGCCGACCGAGUCUUCAUGGCCGCCCGUCUCUUUGUUCGCUUCUUCAAUCAGCGGGGCGCUUCCCUCCAGCAGCGCAUCCUGGAGCUUCUGUCUCUGGCUGACUCCGCUGACAACUUCCACAAGAAGACGGUCACAGCCAGCGUCGGCGGCGGGGUGGCCAGCGUCGCCGGGUCCGUCACCACCAUCACUGGGCUCAUUCUGGCACCCUUCACGGCAGGAACGUCACUAAUCGUCACGGCGGUAGGCAUCGGCAUUGCCACGGCGGGUGGCGUGACAUCAGCCUCAGCCAACAUCACAGACACGUUGCAUUCAAAGACGGACCGCAAGAAGGUGGAGCAAAUGAUCCAAGAUUACCAGGAUGAGAUUAAGGACAUCAAGGACUGCUUGGAUUUCAUACAGGAAGGAAUGGAGACACUGGAGGAAUGGAACUUUGAGAAGUACGCCGAAAGCAUCUCCAAAAAGCACUUGAAUCAGAACGUCAAACAUGUAAUGAAGGAGGGCGGCCGAGCUGGGAAGGCUUUAGUUAUCAACACAGAGAGCCUGAUCAACACCGUCCAGGUCCUGAACGUCGCCGGCGGCGCUGCUAAAGCCGCACAGGUGAUGAGCGUCACCACAGGAGUGAUGUCGGGUCUCUUCCUGGCCCUGGACGUGUUUUUCCUGGCAAAGGAUUCCAUGGAGCUGAAAAAAGGAGCAAAGACUGAGUUUGCUGUCAAGAUCCGAGAGGUGUGUAAAGACCUGCAGGACGGACUGCUGGAGCUGAAUGGAAUCAAGGAGGACCUACAGAAAACUAUGGAUGGGAUAGAGGUGGAGGUCGAAGAGGAGGACGAUGAGGAGACACUGAAGUCUGAUCUGAAGAAACUUAUUGAUCUUGAAGAGUGAAAGUUGGUGUUAUUAAGCCAACCUAUCCUGGUUUUAAAAAACAAAAUAAACUAGAACUGUAGUUACCAAAAUGGGGACAAGCUUUGCUGUUAGUUUUUCAAGUUGUUACUACACAGAGUAAAUUUAAUUUCUUUUUUUUCUUAAAUCAGAUUCUCGUAAAUAUAUUUAAUAAAAUUAUAUCAUAGUUGUUCUAAA